AUGCAUUUGUUGCCCAAACGGCGGCCCAUACUGGUCGGCCUUGUUCUGACCUGUUCUGCCCCUGUUCUGCCUGGCGCGGUUCUGCUCGGUUGCGCCUUGUUCUGCGCCGCGCCACUGCUCCGUCAGGUCAGCCAGCUCGGACAACAAUAUUCCGACUCGAAAAUCUGGAAACGUCUCGGAUAACUCGAUUCUGCGGUGCUCGGUACGAUCUCGCCCGAGUAAGGAUUAGUCUCAAGUCACCGGUAUACCCGGCGUACGCUCGAGCCUGUCGCCCGGCGCGAUCUGCAAGCUGGCGCGAUCACUCGCCGACGCGCACCGACUCGGUUCGGACUUAUCCCAAUUGCGUUCCACCACCUUCCUUUGCCAUCGUACCGACCUUACCCUUGUAGAACUCUCACCCUUCACCGCCGGUACGGGUACGAUGGGUCUCUUAUCCAACUUAGGCUUAGACACCGGUAACGAGGUAGGAUUCCCCAUCGAUCCGGGCCUAAGCCACUAGACUCGUCGACGUCACUCCUCCGCUGCGGGCUGAAUCAGCUGACCUGGCCGCCGCGCUUCUCGUUCCGGGCUCCUUCACGGUCCUUUUCCAGACGCAGCAGAUCCAGAAACUUGCGCACGAACUUGAUCAAGCGAAUCAGGUAAGACUAAUCGACCUUGAGCAUCCUUGACCAAGGCCGGGUCUCCAAUGCUACCUCGGCGCGAUCGUGUGCCCGAUGGUGCCGGGUGCCGAUGACAGUGCCGGUGGUGGCCGGGCGCGUGCGGACCUUUCGAACCUUCAAGACAUCUGGAUCUGGAUUCGCUUGCUUUGAAUCAUCGCUUUUGUGCGGUCUAGCGAAGCUCGGACGCAGACACGUCAGCCGUUGUGGGCCGACCGGCCCAGACCGGCCAGGGGCUGCCCCCACAACUCCGGCUAUCGGCCUGCACACGACACACGAUCGAUCGGCCGAGCUGAGCUUCGGAGAUUGGAGCACCGCAGCACGGCAAGAGCCGAGAGUCACUUGAGAUAUGCGAGCGUUGAACCGACCGCUCCACUUUGCAUCCCUUUCCAUCAAAUAGCACGCACACCACCUAGCCCUCCAGAACCGAGCCGCGCAGCACCGAAUCCGCGAACUCCAAGACCUCCUCGCGAUCCAACAACGUCUCACCUCGGACACUCAAGCGACCCUCCACCUCACCGAAUCACGCCUCGAAUCCCUGACCCAUUCCUACAAUUCGACCCAAACCGAACUCUCGACCCUGCGUACCGAACUCUCCAAAACGCCCACCACCUCCUUGGACCUUUUCUUUCGCUACAGACAACUCCAAGACCUCUGGGACCAAGCUCGCGAUACGCUCUCUUGUCCCGUCUGCUUCGAUUUCAUAGGGAAAGGCCAAGUCGUUUCCCUCUUGUGCGGACAUACAUUCUGUCAAGGCUGUUGGACCGAAUGGGAGAACAAGCAUUUGGUCGAGUUCAAGACUUCGACCCAACAGGGAAGGUAUUUCGGGCCGGAUUGUCCAGAGUGUAGAGAGUCCGGAGUGAGGCAUGGGAAGGUUAGGGUUUGGGCGCUAGAGGAAGUCAUUAGGUUUGUUGAGAGGGGGACGAGGGAGACGGAGAAGAUUCAUACGCAAGAGGAGAUUAGGCGGAUAUUGGGUGACCACACGGAUUCCUCACCGUUGCCGCAGCAGCAGGAUCCGACAUUCACCCGGCAUCCACCCGCGCCGACUAGCCCUAUCGAGACAUCGGAAGGAACACAUCGAGACUCUACACCAGCGUCCGGCCAAGACACUUCACCGGAUCAACUCGAACCUCAGUCCGUCACGAUCGACGCAGAGGACGAGGAAUCAUCCUGGACGCUUUUUUCGGACGAAUCGACAUCAACACCGCCCUGGGAAGGGUCGCUAAAGAAAUAG